GAGUCAUUGUGUCUGUGGCGAGGCGUUUGGGAGGGCCUAGGUUGGUGUGCGGUGCCCUUCGGCCGGGUUGAGCCCGGGAGUCAGCCGUGCUUGGUUGCUCGGUGUCCCCAGGCCACUCCGGAGACUCACGGAAUAGUGCAGAAACCAAGAGAAAACAGUUGCUGGGACAGAAACGCCAGCCUGACCCUGUUGGACCCCCGAGCCUGAAUGAUGACUGCUGAGUCAAGGGAAGCCACGGGUCUGUCCCCACAGGCUGCACAGGAGAAGGAUGGUAUAGUCAUCGUGAAGGUGGAAGAAGAAGAUGAGGAAGACCACAUGUGGGGGCAAGACUCCAGCCUGCAGGAGACGCCGCCACCCGACCCAGAGGUAUUCCGCCAGCGGUUCAGGCGCUUUUGUUACCAGAACACUUUUGGGCCUCGAGAAGCUCUGAAUCGACUCAAGGAACUUUGUCAUCAGUGGCUUCGACCCGAAGUCAACACCAAGGAACAGAUCCUGGAGCUGUUGGUGCUGGAGCAGUUCCUGUCCAUCCUGCCCAAAGAGCUGCAAGUCUGGCUGCAGGAGUACCGGCCAGACAGCGGAGAGGAAGCCGUGACUCUUCUGGAAGACUUGGAGCUUGACCUGUCAGGACAGCAGGUCCCGGGUCAAGUUCAUGGGCCUGAGAUGCUUGCCAGGGGGGUGGUGCCUCUGGAUCCAGUUCAGGAGUCCUCAAGCUUUGACCAUCACGAAGCUACCCGCUCUCAUUUCAAGCAUUCAUCCCGGAAGCCUCGCCUCUUGCCGUCCCGAGCUCUCCCUGCCACCCAUGUUCCUGCCCCUCACCACGAGGGGAAUCCCAGAGACCAGGCGAUGGCAUCUGCACUAUUGACCGCAGAUUCCCAGGCAAUGGUGAAGAUCGAGGAUAUGGCCGUGUCCCUCAUCCUGGAGGAGUGGGGAUGUCAGAACCUGGCUCGGAGGAAUCUCAAUAGGGACAGCAGGCAGGAGAAUUUGGGGAGUGUGAUUUCCCAGGGUUCUGAAAACAGGAACGGGAAUGAGUCGACCUCAAAGGCUGACGUCAAAGAAGAUUCCACCUUACGUGGGGAGACAGCAGGAAGACUCCAGAAAGAAUUUGGAGAGAAACGUGAACAGCAGAGCAGAGUAGUCGAAAGGCAGCAGAGAAACCCUGAAGAAAAAACCGGCAAAGAGAAGAAAGAGCCUGGGCCACCUACAGCCAAGGAAAAGAAGCCCGCUGCAGGAGAGAGGGGCCCAAGGGAGAAGGGCAAAGGUCUGGGAAGAAGCUUCAGCCUGAGUGCAAACUUUAAUAACACCCCGGAAGAGCUUCCAUCGGGAGCAAAGACUCAUAGGUGUGAUGAGUGUGGGAAAUGCUUCACAAGAAGCUCCAGCCUUAUCCGCCAUAAAAUUAUCCACACUGGAGAGAAGCCCUACGAAUGUAAUGAGUGUGGCAAAGCCUUCAGCCAGAGCUCAGACCUCACGAAGCACCAGAGAAUCCACACGGGGGAGAAGCCGUAUGAAUGUAGUGAAUGUGGAAAAGCUUUCAACCGAAACUCAUACCUUAUUUUGCACCGGAGAAUUCACACUCGAGAAAAGCCCUACAAGUGCACUAAGUGUGGCAAGGCCUUCACCCGGAGCUCAACCCUCACACUGCACCAUAGAAUCCAUGCCAGAGAGAGAGCCUCAGAAUACAGUCCAGCCUCUCUGGAUGCCUUUGGAGCAUUCCUGAAAAGUUGUGUGUAAAGCAAUAGCAUGUCAUCAGACCACUUCCCCCCCCUUUGUUCUAAAAUUAUGUCAGACAUAUAUGCCCAUCAAGGGAAAAGUAAUAACAUCAUCAAAUUGUUUGAGAAGUCACAUGUAAGGAUCCUUAAGAGUUACAUCGACAGUGCUCUGCCUUCAGGUGGUCUGUAGGCAUGUAAUUCUUACAGUCCUUGCAAGGGAGAGCUGGUCCUAUGAUAUCCUUCAGGAUAUUUCCACUCGCGAUAAAAGCACACACAGUGAAAUGCCAAGCUUUCCAGUAAUGGGUAUACCAAUCAAGACUAGCUCUGUGAGUAUUCCACUGAAGUUAAGAAGCCACAUGCUGCCAGCGAGGCCUGCUUGGACAACCUGUAUUUCUCAAUGAAGAGAGACAGUUAAUACAAAAACUACAGUGGGACAUGCUGCUCGAGCAAGUUAUAUAUCUAGAAAGUUGUCUGUCUGAUCACUGGUAGCCUGCCAAAGCUAUAGAAAUCUAGGAUUGUGCUGAUCAGAAUCAAACCAAAGAUUUCUAUCUCUCUGAAAGAGAGGGUAUAUGCACCAGUUUGUAGUUCUACGGACUGUAACAACAGUGGGUAGCUCUGCCAUCGUUGGCGAGGUCAGUCCUACUGAAAUAGCAACAAUUGAAGAGGCUUCUCUCCCUCUUCAAUGUCCCUAAAGCACUCUAGCACUCCUAAAUGCACUCUCCACAAGUUGGCACUUGAUUAUAUACUGUCUUUUAAUCCUUCACCGUUCAGUAUAUGGAAGCUUUUAUCAUCCCCUCACCCCCGUCCCCCCACAAAGAAAAGAUGCUUCAGUUGUCAAGAAAUACAGUUAUGUUGACAGCACAGCACUGGAUGUAUACUAAACACACACACAAGGCACUCCUUAGGAGAGACUUCCAAAAGGACUAUCGUAUUUGUGAUAGAGCCUGUGCAUUGUGAGUGCCCAAAAUACGGUACCUUCAGAGCUCUAGGCCGUGCUCUAACUUAUUCUAGGGACAAUGUAAUUUUUGUCCUAAGUAUAAGCAAAAGCUUGUUGAGCUGCCUGCAGAGACUCUGUAAACAUGGAUCGGUAAGUCAAUAACCACAGAAUGUCAAAAAAUGACUUUGGUCAUCCACUUACAGAAGAAAAAUAUGAACACUAGCCAUAAAGUUUUUGUUUGUUCAUGUGACAUCAUUCCACGCAAAGCUCUUUCUCUCAGCCAGAAUUCUUUUCGGUCAGCUGAUGAGCAGUUUGUCUUUUGAGCAUUUGCUGAGUUGUUCAAAACUUAGCUAAAGCUCUUCAAAAGAUGUGAUGGGUUUUUGUUGUUAUUGUCCUUUUAUUUGUUUUUGUUUUUAAUUCUCAGAAAAAGGGAAAGCUAAGGGGAGCAUUUUUUCCACACUUGAGCAGAAACUUGUCGAAGCAUCUGUCAUCACUAGCUGGCAGGACCUGAAGAUGUCCUCUUGCUCUGGGACUUCCACUGCCACACUGUGGUUUGGUUGGUUGUGUCAUUGUGUUUAAUAGCACACAUCGUCUUUUUUUUUAUCUCUCCUGAAAGACUGAAGUGAGGUUGGGGGAUGUUAGCCUUCCCUGAUAUCUCUGCAGGUGGCUUCCCAGAAGCUCUUGAUGGAGACUUAACACAUACAGGAGAGCCACAUCUGGACUACAGAGGUGUUGAGGACUUGAAUAGACCGCUCUGUUCAUGAAAGUGUGGAGAGCCCUGCAGAGCCCUAGAAACAUAAGCUAAAGACAAACUUGAAGACUGGUAACAUGAACACCCCCACACACGGUUUGAGAUUUCCCCUCAAGAAACAACGAAAACCAUCUUGUAUUAGUUGUUCACCAACCAGCAGCGAAAGUCCGGGAGACACAAUAGCAGGUCUCAUCAGGUUGGUGCCUGUGUGGCCCGUUUCGGGUCAGACUAGAAUCUUACAAGCAAUUAUGAUCUGGUCCCUCUUUGACUGUCUUAGACCAGUCACACACGUGAGUGACGGUGUCUGAGCUGUUUGCUCAGAGCUACCUGUGAGUGUUUCUGUCCACCCAACCGAAGAGCAGCAGAGAUGCUCCAAAGGCCACACCGGUUCACCUGGAGUGAGGCGGAGCUGGAGAUGCUUUCAGGCUCUUACAAAAGGAAUGAAUCAUGGCAAUGGUGGACUUGUGAGAACUCUGGCUUGCUAAAAAGCAACUGAAAUAAGGUUCAGGACUCUGGGAGCCCAUCCAGACACUGGCUUUGAUCCCAAGAAAGGACUUUGGUCAUCUCCCUCCCUGUUGGCUGCUUAUACACAGACAUACACAACUACAUGCUGACAUACUUAAGCCGUCACUCGAGGGCUUUGUUUUUAAAUGAAAUUAAGACAGAUCUGUGCCCCCCCCCCCAAUUCCUCAUUUGAUUCUCGUUUUAUUGGCACAUGUUGCUAUUAGUCACUGGAGUGGCUUCAGAUCUUCCACAGAGGCACUCCUGGAGGCAGCCACCUGAAGACGUGUUUUACUUACAAAGCAGGUUAUAGAUGUUUAUCAGAACGUCUUAGAUGCUCGGCACAGUAUCACUGCAUCAUGAUCCGAAAGGCUGACAUCUGUAGUGCUCAGGAUGGUUGUUACCAGUUAAGUGCUUACUAGUUAAUCAUUAGCAUGCUAAUGUUGACCUGAGGGGACCUUUUUGAAGACUUUUUACCUGAAAUUUAACCUUAUGACAAAAGUCAGAUUCUUCAAGUUGUGGACUUUCUACUUCAGCCUGGUAGGCAAGGCUAAGCAGAGGUGUUUGAGACAACUUGAUAUGUAAAGCACUUGAUAUUAAAGGCAUAAACAUGAGACUGCUAAAUGUGUGUAGAGAGACUGACAUGUUUAAUAUGGGGACAGUCCACACCUUACAUACAUCCGAAAAUCGAUUCCAGAAUGGGACCUAGUCUGAGUGUGAUGUCUGGCAAAGCGUACACUGUAAAUAAACUCUUAAUGUCUGUGAGGCCAA